AUGGCCGAGUCUCCAUCAAUUGCUGCUUCGAUUCAAAACACAAUUGAUGAAUUUGAUGGAAUGACUUCUGCUAAAGCUGACAGCACUAAUCGAUUGCGUGCAGCUGCAGCUAAGACAAGAUACAACAUAGAUGGGAAACGAUCGCAAUUUGAUGACAUUACCCGCGGAUUUCAAACGUCGAUCCAGCCUUCCUGUCCCUGGACGAAUAAAAAUUUUGAGCAAGAUUUUAUAUUAUUGGUAGAAUUUUCUGAAAUUGAGGGUCCCAAGCCGUUGAUGACCAUUCCCAAUCAUGGAGGCAGCAAUUUUGAUAAAAGUAAUUUUGCUUUAGAAGCAAUGUCGGUUGACUAUCAAUCUCGCGAAGGGCAUGGUUUUAGCAUAGUUGAUGAUUCUCAACUGGUCAUGUCACAUAAGGAACAAAAUGCACAUAGUUAUGCAAUGUGCUUUUUGAAGUGUGGCAACUACAGAAAAUUUAGGCACGACCUCUUGAAUCAUAUGCGAUACCUUACGGCGAAAUUAAAUAGAGAAUAUGAAGAUGCCCUAAAGCAUGUAAGACACCAUUUAUUUAGAAAACGAUCAUUAUCCUUUCCUGUUGAUAGUAAUUAUCAACCAAAUGUUGACCAAGCUAGGUCUGUUAGGGCUUCACAGCCAAGAUCAUCGAUCCCUACACUUAGUCUACGUUUUACUUUGAAAAGACCUAUCUCUGAUCUUUGUGGUUCUAGCUUCUUGAUAACUAUAAAAUAUGUCAAACAAAUACUAAUGCGAUUAAGCCGAAAUCCAAUCUCCUUGGAUACAGAGUUACGAAGUCGUAGACUUUUAGCAAGGUCACAACCAUGGUAUAAUAGCAAUAUUACAGACCUACCAAGUGCUAACUACAUAGCUUUAUCGAAUGCCCCAUCAAUUUCUACAGAAAGUGAUACGACGAUAUUUGAAAAGGAGGAAGUUUACAGAACUGUUCCUAGUGGCUAUGUUGCCACAAUCAAUGAAACCUCAAGCAAUGUACAGAUAGCUAAUCUGUCAGCUGAUUUAAACCUGAGUGUUACUCAAAGCUACGACAGCUCUAAUAAAAUUCAUCCCGUUAGAGAAAUCUUAUUGGCUUAUUACCACGAAAAUCUCGUACAUUUAUUGUAUGCACUUCUAUGUGGUCGACCUGUCGUAGUCGUAAGUUGUGCAAAGCAUGGUGCUAGAAGUAUCGUUCAACAAUGGAUAAAUUUUUUAAGAAAAUUUUUACCAGAAGAAGCUAGGACCAAAUUACUAGGCCUUAUUGGUACUGAAGUCGUACCCAAAGCUAUUGAGCGCUAUGUGUCCAUUAUAAAUUGUGAUAAAAACGUAAUCGUGACUCCCCCGUAUAAAGGAAGAAUCAUUUAUAGAUUGAUUAAUAAAGAUAACAAGUGGAAGAGCGAAAAAUAUUUCUUUGCAUAUGUAAAAAGGCAAGGCAUUUAUCUAUUACGUUUUGUUUUGUUCACGAUUAAACAGUACUACAACUCCUCUAGUCAUUUUUUGGCUGAUAUUGACGUAAAAGAUAGUGACAGGCAUAUCGUUGAAUAUUUUGCUGAAAUAAUCAAAUUGCGAGAAGAUGGAAAACGAUGUGUGCUGAAAUAUAAGACGCUGGAUAUAGAUGGUUAG